AGACUUCCUCCAGUUCGCCUUCCACAGUCACUUUAGAAAGCACUAGUUUUGCUCCAUCAUCCCCAGAACAAAGUACUGAAACAGCUGUAACAGGCACUGGUACAACAGAGAACAAAGCAACAACUCCUGAGACUUCUGAGACAAUGACAUCCGCACACCCUGAAUCACCAACUACUUCUAUUACAACAAUGGCACAAACAGGAACAACACAAUCUACAGAGUCGGUCCCACCAGUCACCACCAAUGAAAUUACUCUAACUACCAACAUGGACCAUUCCACAACAACUGUUUUUGAGACAACUUCAGAGACUUCCUCCAGUUCGCCUUCCACAGUCACUUUAGAAAGCACUAGUUUUGCUCCAUCAUCUCCAGAACAAAGUACUGAAACAGCUGUAACAGGCACUAGUACAACAGAGAACAAAGCAACAACUCCUGAGACUUCUGAGACAAUGACAUCCGCACACCCUGAAUCACCAACUGCUUCUAUUACAACAAUGGCACAAACAGGAACAACACAAUCUACAGAGUCUGUCCCACCAGUCACCACCAAUGAAAUUACUCUAACUACCACCAUUGACCAUUCCACAACAACUUCAGAGACUUCCUCCAGUUCGCCUUCCUCAGUCACUUCAGAAGGCUCUAGUUUUACUCCAACAUCCCCAGAACAAAGUACUGAAACAGCUGUAACAGGCACUGGUACAACAGAGAACAAAGCAACAACUCCUGAGACUUCUGAGACAAUGACAUCCGCACACCCUGAAUCACCAACUACUUCUAUUACAACAAUGGCACAAACAGGAACAACACAAUCUACAGAGUCUGUCCCACCAGUCACCACCAAUGAAAUUACUCUAACUACCACCAUUGACCAUUCCACAACAACUUCAGAGACUUCCUCCAGUUCACCUUCCACAGUCACUUCAGAAGGCUCUAGUUUUACUCCAACAUCCCCAGAACAAAGUACUGAAACAGCUGUAACAGGCACUGGUACAACAGAGAACAAAGCAACAACUCUUGAGACUUCUGACACAAUGACAUCCGCACACCCUGAAUCACCAACUACUUCUAUUACAACAAUGGCACAAACAGGAACAACACAAUCUACAGAGUCUGUCCCACCAGUCACCAGCAAUCAAAUUACUCUAACUACCAACAUUGACCAUUCCACAACAACUGUUUUUGAGAGAACUUCAGAGACUUCCUCCAGUUCGCCUUCCACAGUCACUUUAGAAAGCACUAGUUUUGCUCCAUCAUCCCCAGAACAAAGUACUGAAACAGCUGUAACAGGCACUGGUACAACAGAGAAGAAAGCAACAACUCCUGAGACUUCUGAGACAAUGACAUCCGCACACCCUGAAUCACCAACUACUUCUAUUACAACAAUGGCACAAACAGGAACAACACAAUCUACAGAGUCUGUCCCACCAGUCACCACCAAUGAAAUUACUCUAACUACCACCAUUGACCAUUCCACAACAACUUCAGAGACUUCCUCCAGUUCACCUUCCACAGUCACUUCAGAAGGCUCUAGUUUUACUCCAACAUCCCCAGAACAAAGUACUGAAACAGCUGUAACAGGCACUGGUACAACAGAGAACAAAGCAACAACUCUUGAGACUUCUGACACAAUGACAUCCGCACACCCUGAAUCACCAACUACUUAUAUUACAACAAUGGCACAAACAGGAACAACACAAUCUACAGAGUCUGUCCCACCAGUCACCACCAAUGAAAUUACUGUAACUACCACCAUUGACCAUUCCACAACAACUUCAGAGACUUCCUCCAGUUCGCCUUCCUCAGUCACUUCAGAAGGCUCUAGUUUUACUCCAACAUCCCCAGAACAAAGUACUGAAACAGCUGUAACAGUCACUGCUACAACAGAGAACAAAGCAACAACACCUGAGACUUCUGAGACAAUGACAUCUGCACGUCCAGAAUCACCAACUACCUCUAUUACAACAAUGGCACAAACAGGAACAACACAAUCUACAGAGUCUGUCCCACCAGUCACCACCAAUGAAAUUACUCUAACUACCAACAUGGACCAUUCCACAACAACUGUUUUUGAGACAACUUCAGAGACUUCCUCCAGUUCGCCUUCCACAGUCACUUUAGAAAGCACUAGUUUUGCUCCAUCAUCCCCAGAACAAAGUACUGAAACAGCUGUAACAGGCACUGGUACAACAGAGAACAAAGCAACAACUCUUGAGACUUCUGAGACAAUGACAUCCGCAUACCCUGAAUCACCAACUACUUCUAUUACAACAAUGGCACAAACAGGAACAACACAAUCUACAGAGUCGGUCCCACCAGUCACCACCAAUGAAAUUACUCUAACUACCAACAUGGACCAUUCCACAACAACUGUUUUUGAGACAACUUCAGAGACUUCCUCUAGUUCGCCUUCCACAGUCACUUUAGAAAGCACUAGUUUUGCUCCAUCAUCCCCAGAACAAAGUACUGAAACAGCUGUAACAGGCACUGGUACAACAGAGAACAAAGCAACAACUCCUGAGACUUCUGAGACAAUGACAUCCGCACACCCUGAACCACCAACUACUUCUAUUACAACAAUGGCACAAACAGGAACAACACAAUCUACAGAGUCUGUCCCACCAGUCACCACCAAUGAAAUUACUCUAACUACCAACAUUGACCAUUCCACAACAACUUCAGAGACUUCCUCCAGUUCGCCUUCCACAGUCACUUCAGAAGGCUCUAGUUUUGCUCCAACAUCCCCAGAACAAAGUACUGAAACAGCUGUAACAGGCACUGGUACAACAGAGAACAAAGCAACAACUCCUGAGACUUCUGAGACAAUGACAUCUGCACGUCCAGAAUCACCAACUACCUCUAUUACAACAAUGGCACAAACAGGAACAACACAAUCUACAGAGUCGGUCCCACCAGUCACCACCAAUGAAAUUACUCUAACUACCAACAUUGACCAUUCCACAACAACUGUUUUUGAGACAACUUCAGAGACUUCCUCCAGUUCGCCUUCCACAGUCACUUUAGAAAGCACUAGUUUUGCUCCAUCAUCCCCAGAACAAAGUACUGAAACAGCUGUAACAGGCACUGGUACAACAGAGAAGAAAGCAACAACUCCUGAGACUUCUGAGACAAUGACAUCCGCACACCCUGAAUCACCAACUACUUCUAUUACAACAAUGGCACAAACAGGAACAACACAAUCUACAGAGUCGGUCCCACCAGUCACCACCAAUGAAAUUACUCUAACUACCAACAUGGACCAUUCCACAACAACUGUUUUUGAGACAACUUCAGAGACUUCCUCUAGUUCGCCUUCCACAGUCACUUUAGAAAGCACUAGUUUUGCUCCAUCAUCCCCAGAACAAAGUACUGAAACAGCUGUAACAGGCACUGGUACAACAGAGAAGAAAGCAACAACUCCUGAGACUUCUGAGACAAUGACAUCCGCACACCCUGAAUCACCAACUACUUCUAUUACAACAAUGGCACAAACAGGAACAACACAAUCUACAGAGUCUGUCCCACCAGUCACCACCAAUGAAAUUACUCUAACUACCACCAUUGACCAUUCCACAACAACUUCAGAGACUUCCUCCAGUUCGCCUUCCACAGUCACUUCAGAAGGCUCUAGUUUUACUCCAACAUCCCCAGAACAAAGUACUGAAACAGCUGUAACAGACACUAGUACAACAGAGAACAAAGCAACAACUCCUGAGACUUCUGAGACAAUGACAUCCGCACACCCUGAAUCACCAACUACUUCUAUUACAACAAUGGCACAAACAGGAACAACACAAUCUACAGAGUCGGUCCCACCAGUCACCACCAAUGAAAUUACUCUAACUACCAACAUGGACCAUUCCACAACAACUGUUUUUUUGAGACAACUUCAGAGACUUCCUCUAGUUCGCCUUCCACAGUCACGUUAGAAAGCACUAGUUUU